GGUCUGGGCGGCCGCACAGAUAGCUCUAAGUCCAGAGGAGUCGGGAAGCGUCAGCGCUGCCGCUGGACCGCGACGGGACGGGGGCGAAAAAGCGGUGGCACCAUGUUCUCCCUUAAGCCGCCCAGACCCACCUUCAGGUCCUACCUCCUGCCGCCGCCUCAGACUGACGAUAAGAUCAAUUCGGAACCGAAGAUAAAAAAACUGGAGCCAGUCCUUUUGCCAGGAGAAAUUGUCGUAAAUGAAGUCAAUUUUGUGAGAAAAUGCAUUGCAACAGACACAAGCCAGUACGAUUUGUGGGGAAAGCUGAUAUGCACUAACUUCAAAAUCUCCUUUAUUACAGAGGACCCAAUGCCAUUACAGAAAUUCCAUUAUAGAAACCUUCUUCUUGGUGAACAUGAUGUCCCUUUAACAUGUAUUGAGCAAAUUGUCACAGUUAAUGACCACAAGAGGAAGCAGAAAGUCCUAGGCCCCAACCAGAAACUGAAGUUUAAUCCGACAGAGUUAAUUAUUUAUUGUAAAGAUUUCAGAAUUGUCAGAUUUCGCUUUGAUGAAUCAGGUCCUGAAAGUGCCAAAAAGGUAUGCCUUGCAAUAGCUCAUUAUUCCCAGCCAACAGACCUCCAGCUACUCUUUGCAUUUGAAUAUGUUGGGAAAAAAUACCACAAUUCAGCCAAAAUUAAUGGAAUAUCCUCAGGAGAUGGAGGAGGAGGAGACGGUGGAGCUGGUGGUGGCAGCCCAAAAACUCCACUGUUUGAAACUUACUCAGAUUGGGACAGAGAAAUCAAGAGGACAGGUGCUUCUGAGUGGAGAGUUUGUUCUAUUAACGAGGGUUACAUGAUAUCCACUUGCCUUCCAGAGUACUUUGUAGUGCCAAGUUCUUUAGCAGACCAGGAUCUAAAGAUCUUUUCCCAUUCUUUUGUUGGAAGAAGAAUGCCACUCUGGUGCUGGAGCCACUCUAAUGGCAGUGCUCUUGUGCGAAUGGCCCUCAUCAAAGAUGUGCUACAGCAGCGGAAAAUUGACCAGAGGAUUUGUAAUGCAAUUACUAAAAGUCAUCCACAGAGAAGUGAUGUUUACAAAUCAGAUUUGGAUAAGACCUUGCCUAAUAUUCAGGAAAUACAGGCAGCAUUUGUAAAACUGAAGCAGCUAUGCGUUAAUGAGCCUUUUGAAGAAACUGAAGAGAAAUGGUUAUCUUCAUUGGAAAAUACUCGGUGGUUAGAAUAUGUAAGGGUAUUCCUCGGACAUUCAGCAGAACUUGUGUACAUGCUAGAAAGCAAACAUCUCUCUGUAGUCCUACAAGAGGAGGAGGGAAGAGACUUGAGCUGUUUUGUAGCCUCUCUUGUUCAAGUGAUGCUGGAUCCCUACUUUAGGACAAUUACCGGAUUUCAGAGUCUGAUUCAGAAGGAGUGGGUCAUGGCAGGAUAUCAGUUCCUAGACAGAUGCAACCAUUUAAAGAGAUCGGAGAAAGAGUCUCCCUUAUUUUUGCUAUUCUUGGAUGCCACCUGGCAGCUGUUAGAACAGUACCCAGCAGCUUUCGAGUUCUCCGAGACCUACCUAGCAGUGCUGUACGACAGCACCCGCAUCUCACUGUUUGGCACCUUCCUGUUCAACUCUCCUCACCAGCGGGUGAAGCAAAGCACGGAAUUUGCUAUAAGUAAAAAUAUCCAACUGGGUGAUGAGAAGGGCUUAAAAUUCCCCUCGGUUUGGGACUGGUCUCUGCAAUUUACAGCAAAGGACCGCACCCUUUUCCAUAACCCCUUCUACAUCGGAAAGAGCACGCCUUGUGUACAGAACGGCUCUGUGAAGUCUUUUAAACGGACAAAGAAAAGCUACAGCUCCACACUAAGAGGAAUGCCAUCUUCCUUAAAGAAUGGAAUCAUCAGUGACCAAGAAUUACUUCCUAGGAGAAAUUCACUAAUAUUAAAACUAAAGCCAGACCCUCUUCAGCAAACUGACAGCCAGAACAGUGACAUGGAACAAUAUUUUCGAGAGUGGUUUUCCAAACCAGUCGACCUGCAUGGGGUUAUUCUGCCACGUCUCUCUGGAACACACAUAAAACUGUGGAAACUGUGCUACUUCCGCUGGGUUCCCGAGGCUCAGAUCAACCUGGGCGGCUUCAUUACCGCCUUUCACAGGCUGUCUCUCCUGGCUGACGAGGUCGACGUGCUCAGCAGGAUGCUGCGGCAGCAGUGGAGCGGCCCCCUGGAAGCCUGCUACUCGGAGCUGGGCCAGAGCAGGAUGUACUUCAGAGCCAGCGGCCCGCACGACACCUCAGGGACACCAGAGUUUCUGUCCUCCUCAUUUCCGUUUUCCCCUGUAGGGAAUCUAUGCAGACGAAGCAUUUUAGGAACGCCAUUAAGCAAGUUUUUAAGUGGGGCCAAAAUAUGGUUAUCUACUGAGACACUAGCAAAUGAAGACUAAAAUGUAGUAUUUUCUGAACAUUUUGAGGGAAGCUGUAAAUUUUUUUCUUCGGAAUGAAAAUUGUUAACCUAGGCAUUUGAAGCUCUAAUAACUUUAUAUGUAACAAUAGUUGAAAUUUGCACUAAUAUUUAAAAACUUGUUGAAUCAUGCUUCCUUCACACUUAUUUUAGAAGAGAGAUGUAAAUUUUUUGUAUGUCCCCUUUUAUUCUAGAUCUGGCUCAUUUUUAGGUGAUUUGUAGGCAAACAUUCCCCUAUUCUUAUAACUGAUCAAACUAAUCAGGUUUUGUCUGCAUCCAUUUUUCCUACUAUCUACUAAAGGUUACCUGAUGCCUGCCUGGUCAGAUUAGCAACCCAAAGGAGCAGACAACAGGAAAGUUAAGAAAUUAGUGUUUAGUAUAUUUCUAGAAAAAUCUGAUAAAACCCUCAACAGGCUUUAGUAGGCAUUCAUGUAUUUCUCUGGUCACUGUCUGUCGUCUCUAAUUGAACUCACCUGAUGAAGAAGGUUCAGUGUUCUCAGGCCAGAAUUUAUUAUUUUAGAUCACCUCGUUUGGGACCUUAGAUCACUGUGUUUUGAAAUCGUGAGUUUGCUUUUAACUUUAUGGGACUCACUUUAAAAUGAUAUGCACUAUUAACUUUAAAGCAUUUGCUGUAGAUAAUAUAAUUAAACCUAGAAGUGCCUUUCACAUUAAUAUUAAGGUGUGAAUAUCACAGAGGAAAAUAUUUCACUUUUUAAAAUUAGGGUGUUGAAAUCCCACUGCAUAUUGGAAAUAAGUUUUUCACACUAAGCUUCAUAGCCAGGAGGCCCCAACGCCACAUUCCUGUUCCUCUGAAAGCUGCUGAGGACACAGGGGCCUGGAUGGGCUACUCCUCAGGCCCCCCUUGCAGCAGGUGCAGCCCCAGCUCUGGCAGGUCAGUGCUGUGGACAGGAGAGUGCCGUCUACGCCAAAACCCACCCUCAGAGACAGGGCUUUCUAGGAGGUGGCGUGGGCUUUCCCAUCCGCACUUCCAGUGUGGUAAACUACUGUUGGCACUUCCCCUUGGAAAUAACUAAUGAGGUCACAAGUUGGACAGCAGCACAGAAGUCCCCCUGCUCUCAAAGUUCUUAAUGCUUAGGAAUAGAAUAAGAGAAAUAAAAAUGAACUUCUCUCAAAACACUGCUAUUUUAAUAAAUAGCGACAUUAGUGCUCCUCCCACCCCCGGCUUUUGACAGCAACAUUAAGAGGGGACUGAGAGGCAGACAAAGGCGUUUUCUUGAGCUGAAACUCCCUAAUUUCCAAUCCGUGUGAUAAGAGCCUAGCCAAGCUGUAGGGGUCAGAGCUUAAGUUUCUUAUGGCAGUGACAUUUAGCAGCCCCGCUACACACACCCC